CCAUGGCGGCGGCGUUUGAAGCCGCGGCGGCUUCAGCCACCGCAGAGACCGUUAUGCCGGCGGCGGUGGAGCCCGUGGCCGCGCCGGCCUCAGCCCCGGAGCCGAGUCCUGGGCCCGUGCGGAGCUUGCGGACUGCUCACGACAUCGGCGGCCCGCGGACCCGCACGGGGGACGUGUUGUUGGCCGAGCCGGCGGACUUCGAGUCGCUGCUGCUGUCGCGGCCCGUGCUGGAGGGGUUGCGGGCGGCGGGCUUCGAGAGACCCUCGCCCGUGCAGCUCAAGGCCAUCCCGCUGGGGCGCUGCGGGCUCGAUUUAAUUGUUCAGGCUAAAUCUGGCACCGGGAAAACCUGUGUGUUCUCCACCAUUGCUUUGGACUCGCUGAUUCUUGAAAACUUAAGCACCCAGAUUUUGAUCUUGGCUCCUACAAGAGAAAUUGCUGUACAGAUACAUUCCGUUAUCACAGCCAUUGGAAUAAAAAUGGAGGGGUUAGAAUGUCAUGUCUUUAUUGGAGGGACUCCAUUAUCACAAGACAAAACCAGACUUAAGAAGUGUCAUAUUGCUGUCGGAUCUCCUGGCAGAAUUAAGCAACUCAUCGAACUGGACUACUUGAAUCCGGGCAGCAUACGUCUCUUUAUUCUCGAUGAAGCAGAUAAACUUUUAGAAGAAGGCAGCUUCCAGGAACAAAUAAAUUGGAUUUAUUCUUCGUUGCCUGCCAGUAAACAGAUGUUAGCUGUAUCAGCUACUUACCCUGAAUUUUUGGCUAAUGCUUUGACAAAGUACAUGAGAGAUCCCACUUUUGUAAGAUUGAAUUCCAGUGAUCCAAGUCUUAUAGGUUUGAAGCAGUAUUACAAAGUUGUCAAUUCUUACCCUUUGGCCCAUAAGAUUUUUGAGGAAAAGGCUCAGCAUUUGCAGGAACUGUUCAGCAGAAUUCCAUUUAAUCAAGCCUUAGUCUUUUCGAAUUUGCAUAGCAGAGCACAGCAUUUGGCUGAUAUCCUGUCUUCUAAAGGCUUUCCUGCUGAGUGCAUUUCAGGCAACAUGAAUCAGAAUCAGCGUCUUGAUGCUAUGGCUAAACUGAAGCAGUUUCAUUGUAGAGUCCUCAUUUCUACAGAUUUGACUUCCCGUGGGAUUGAUGCUGAGAAGGUGAAUCUGGUUGUAAAUCUGGAUGUACCAGUGGAUUGGGAGACGUACAUGCAUCGGAUUGGCAGAGCUGGGCGUUUUGGUACAUUGGGAUUGACAGUGACCUACUGUUGCCGGGGAGAAGAAGAAAAUAUGAUGAUGAAAAUUGCCCAGAAAUGUAAUAUCAACCUUCUUCUUUUACCAGAUCCCAUUCCUUCUGGUCUGAUGGAAGAAUGUUUGGAUUGGGAUGUGGAGGUUAAAGCUGCUAUACAUACUUACGGCUUAGCAAGCGUACCUACCCAACCCCUAAAAAAGCAAAUUCAAAAAAUAGAGAGAACCUUUCAAACUCAGAAAGCUCAUGGUAGCCACAUGGCGUCCUCUAGAAAUACUUCUGUGUCUGCAGUAUCAGUCAGAUCAAAAACUAACACCAAACACAAGCUUCCUGUGAAAAGCCACUCAGAGUGUGGAAUCAUAGAAAAGGCAGCAGCGCCAAAAGAGCUGGGGUGUGCCAUGCAAUCCGAAGAGCAAAUGAAGAAUUCUGUUCAGACCCCUGUUGACAACUCCACCAACCAUCAGCACCAGGUCAAAGAAGCUUUACCAGUGACACUCCCCAAAAUUCCUUGUCUGUCUUCCUUUAAAAUCCAGCAGCCGCGCACUUUGACUUUUGCAGAAUUGGUAGAGGACUAUGAACACUACAUUAAAGAGGGGUUGGAGAAGCCUGUGGAAAUUAUCAGGCACUACACAGGUCUUGGGGAUCAGACUGUGAACCCUCAAAAUGGCUUUGUGAGAAAUGGAGUCACUGAAGAGAGAGUGCACAUACUGGCAGGCAGCAGCCAAUCUGGAGACUCUGAGAGUGACAGCGAUUCCUUCAGCUCAGUGACUUCUUCCCAGAGCAAAGGAAAUAAGUCUCAUUUGGAAGUCUCUUUGGAUACUCAGGUGAAAGGCUCUGAACCUCCCCCUGUAGAUGACCAGAUCUCUUUGGAACAACCUCUGGAUGGAAAUGAUGCUCCCCAUCUAGAGGAAUACCAGGAAUCGCCUGAAAUCCCAGUGAGAACAAGGCAUAAAGAGGGAGCUCAUCAGAGAGUUAAGCAGAGCCGGAGGAACCUGCCCCGGCGCUCUUCCUAUCGACUGCAGACGGAGCCCCAGGAAGAUAGUUGGUAUGACAGCCGUCAGGAAACACAUCCCAGUUACUCUGACACCUACCAGGAUUAUGAAGAGUACUGGAGAGCCUACUACAGAGCAUGGCAAGAGUAUUACGCUGCUGCCUCUCAGUCGUACUACUGGAAUUCUCAGAGACAUCCAAGUUGGAUGGCAGCCUAUCACAUGAAUACCGUGUAUCUACAAGAAAUGAUGCGUAGUAACCAGUGAUUGUAUGACAGACCUGAGACCAGCAGGCACUAUGGACAAGUGAUACUUUUGGAUGUACAUCUUCCGUCACCUAUGGUAGAGUGGCAUUUGCUGGCAUUUUUGAGGAACUUGAAAAGACUUGAGUCUGUACACCAGAAGACAUCUGUUUUCAGAUGGUUUAGGCCAGAUAUAUAAUCCUUUUCUUUUUUAAAGAAAUUUCAUCAGAUUCUUCAAAGAGAAUUUUUGGGACACAGAGCUCAAGGUCCCAAGGUUCUAUUUUCUAAAAGCUGUUUCCAAAAGAAACAGUUAAAAAGGGGUUAUACAUACCACUGCUUACUUUAAAUAAAAACAGUGAAGAUUUGGAAAGCAA